AUCACCAGCCUCUGGGAUAUCCUCGGCGAAGGCGAGAUAAAGUCACUCGCCCAACUAUCGACAGACCACUUCCAAAAACACAGGCGACCUUUACGCGUCGCCAUCGACGAAGCCGGCUGGCGCUUCCACAAUCUCAGCGAUGCCCAAGUCCAUGCAAUCCGUCAAAAAGUGCCUGAAGCCAAUCCCAUCGAAAAGGCAAUCUUAUGGAGAGUACUCAAACUUAUGCGUAUGAAUAUUCAGCCUAUCCUUAUUUUUGAUGGACCUUCUCGGCCGUGGAAGAGAGGUGGUGUUGCGGGAAGAAUUGAUUGGAAGAAAAUCGAUUUGCUGAGGAAGAUGUUGAAUAUGUUGAAGAUUCCGCAUCAUCGGGCUCCUGCUGAAGCUGAGGCAGAGUGUGCGAGAUUGAAUGAACUGGGUAUUGUUGAUGCUGUCUGGUAA